AUGAUUUCGCUCGAUAUUUCGCUCGAUAGAUCGUUGGUCGAGGGCAAACAAACCUUGGCGCCUUGCACUUUUGGCGCGCUCCUAACUUGUGCUCUCCCAUCUCCAGACUACACCAAGGACGUCAGUGUAUCUAAGUUGGGAAUCAUGAAUGGUCCCAUAUCGACUGGUCCUGGACUGCGUUUGCUCGUACUCGAUGGAGGGGACACACGAUCUAUAUCUCAACUCGUUAUUCUUGAUCAAAUUAUGAAACGAGUCUCUUGGAAGGACGAUCCACAGCAUGAAGAGUGCAUCAAACCUUGCGAGUUUUUCGAUCUUGUCAUGGGAGUAGGCACCGGAGCUGUCAUCGCCAUGCUUCUAGUCGUCUGUCGUGCAACGAUACCAGAGGCUAAGCGGCUGUUCUUCGAAUUCUGCAAAGACGUGUUUCAAGACGGGCAAAUGUCUGCGACCGAACGAACGAAGAGGCUCGAGUCGGCAUUAGAAAACAUUCUGUCGCAAAAGGGACUAUCACCGGACACAAUGUUACUCGAGCAAAGUCGGGAUAAAGAUCGUAGUCUCUUGGUCAUUGGUGCCACAAGUGCGGCAAACCUCCAGCUGUGUCGUCGCUUUCGAACAUACCGGUCAUGUGAUGCACAGGACGACGUUUCGAUCCUCGAUGCCAUCCAUGCUUCUUGUGCUCACGCCAACUUUAUCAAUUCAGCCUUUGUGGGCAAGUCUACAUUUUCCGAGGAGUAUACAGGGACAAAGUUCUUCUUUACCAACCCAGCGCGUGAAGCGAUUCAGGAAGCGCGCAGUCAUUUUGGUCCGAUGGCACAGGUGGCUUGUGUUCUCAGUUUGGGAUACACGGGUUACGAGACGUGGUCCGCAAGUACGUCUGGCUCUCGAACGGCGCUGCUCGAUGUGGAUCAAACAGUUGCACGGGAAACAGAACGGAUAGCCACUGAAUUAGAGAGGCAAUUGGGUACGAGGAAUGUUUUCUUUCGGUUCGCUGUGGAGAAGGGAUUAGAGUCGCCUAUUGUGGAAGUCUCACCAAUGUCGAUCGGAGCCAUCAAGUCGACUACUGAGAGCUAUCUGGGUCAGCCGCGCGUGAGCUCUCUAAUAGAUCAAUAUGUCGCCACCUCAAGCCAUCCUGGUGUGCUCACCAUUAGUGCCAUGUGCGCAUUGCAGUCAAAACCAUUGACCGUCAUCCAGGGUUUGCCUCCUCUUUCCAAGUUUCAUGUCGUGAGACAGCGACAGUUGGCUCUCAUCGCAGAAUCUCUGUUCAGUGAAGAGGAUGGACAAGCUAUGGUAGCCGUGACAGGAGCUGGAGGCACCGGAAAAACUCAGCUGGUCGCCCGAUUUGUUCGAGACUAUCGACAUAAAUUCCCCAAUGUAUUAUUCCUGGAUGCAAGUUCGACCCAGACGAUCCGCAGCUCACUCAUUGCAAGAGCUCGCGACCUGGGCCACUUUUGCAAGUCUGUCGAGGAGGUACUCGAUACCCUGACACGUUGGGACGACGCGUCUAAUGGCCCGUGGUUGAUGGUUUUCGAUAAAUUGGACGACAAGGAUAUCGUAAUUCGGAACUUCAUACCAAGCUGCGAGCAUGGAUCAAUCAUAAUUACCAGCAGGCUGAAUGACAUGGGCCAACUAUCGCAUCAUCAUGUGAAGCUGGAUACCAUGGAUCCCAACGAGGCCGCUUCGACGCUACUGAAGGCUGCUUUGGGUCCUUCAACCGUUCCGACUCCCGCUGAGUUCGAUUUGGGCCUAGAGAUUGCAGAGCAGCUGGGAUAUCUCCCAGUAGUUCUUGUGCAAGCAGGUUGCUAUAUCCAUUCGACGCGCCGUCUCCACCAGUUCCUCGAUAUGUUGCAAAUGAGUCGCCACAAGGUACUUACGCAAUCCAUUAAAGCAAGAGACGCAUAUGAACACAACGUAUAUGCGAUGAUUGAUGUGACGUUGGAUUCAUUGUCGAAACGGGCUCAAAAUUUCUAUUAUCUACUCUCAUUUGCACAUCAUCGAGACCUCCCACGCCCUUUGAUCAAGCUGGCUGCUCAAUAUCACUUUCUUCUCGAAUCCCUGACCCUCUUGGAGCGACGCCCCGACUUUUCGGAAACGACGGAACUCUUAUACGACACCUUAUCCCCCUCAAGAGAAUGGCAGGAUCAUGAAUUCGACGACCUCGUUGUCGAGCUCCAACGAGCUUCGUUGAUGACCGUCGAAGAAUGUAAUGGUGUCGUCACACUCAACUGUAAUUCGCUGCUGUUGGCGUGUUCGCAGGAGAGGUUAUCGCAAAGCGAGAAGCUCAUGUACGCGCGUGCUAUGAGCCGCAUCAUUGCAUCUGGUACGACGACGGCUGGAGUCGCGCUGCACGAGUACUUGGUGCCCCAUAUUCGUGCACUCAAGGGAUACUGGAAUCAGCUCGAAGUCAACGAUCGCGCAGGCUUCGCGGAUCAUCUCGCGUGGCCAGGCAUUGCCGACGAGUGCGUUCAGAUAUGGGAAAGCAUCCGGGAUGAAGUCGAGGCCGCAUCAGGCCCCACGAGCGAAGCGUUGAUGGUUGUAUUGAGGCGGUUAUCCAACGCAUAUGUUUUGCAGGGUGAUAACAAGCGCCACGAGCAUACAGAGGAAUCUAUACGUCGCCUCCAAAGUGUCCUCGAAGAAAGAACAAUCUCUACCCACGAGCCAGAUCCUUUGACUCCAGUCUCGGCCAAUGACCACAUGUCAGAUGCACCCACUGGUAUGGCCGUGGCAUUAUCUUCUUUAGAGUCCCAAGUUCAGUAUUUCAAAAUUCAGGGGUCGUGGAAGGAGGUUAUACGCGUCGGGAGGCAAAUUCUCAACAUACGUGAUGGCUACUUCAAUUCUGACCGCCAUGCCACCCUACAUACACUGCGACUCCUCGCAGUAGCGCAUGAAAAGCUGAAUCAUUAUGCGGACGCUAAGGCCCUUUGGACGAGGAUUCUCGAAUCUCAAGGUGAUUCAAUACCGAAGGAAGAACACAGUACAACGCUUCAACACCUCAUUUCCUGCUGUGAAAUACUCAAGAGUUAUACCGACUUGGAGGCUGCGUUGGAAGAGUUGAUCGAUUUGCAGCUGGGCGACGAGAGUACAUCGCGAGAGGCCAUUGAGGAGACGACGUUGCGACUGCGGAUGACAUACGAGAAAACCCAACGUCACUUCAAGAUCGAUCAUCUUCUAAAGCGCAUUUUAGACACUAAUCGCGAGCGACAAUGUCCCCAGGAUGUUAUUUGUGCGGAUAUUGACCGCCUAGCUACUUAUUACGGUGAUUAUGGAGAGUCUUCAAAGGAGGAGGAAUAUCUCAACUUGCUGAUUCAAGAACAAAAGGCGCUAUAUGGUGUGCGCCAUGUAUCUACUGUACGCACAAUGCGCCGUCUUUUGUCCUUGCUUGUUCAUCUGGGCCGAGAGGAGGAAGCAGCGCAACUGCGAAAGCUGAUAGAGAGUAUUACGCUAUCGCAAAAUGCACUAGAUAGGACUGAGCAUCUCAAACGUGGCAUCGAGGACAACAUCCAUGGGUCCCAUAUUCCUGAAGCACUCGCAGGUCUCACUGCCCUCUUGAUUUCAACAGAGCCUGCGGGUUCCGAGCACAUAGACGUUUUAGAGUGGGCCGCAAAUACCUAUGAGACAAUCGGGUAUCACAGAAACGCAGAGACACUAUGGCGAGAUGUUCUCCAAGUUCUCCGUCGCGACAGCAUCGCAAACGAACCGAGUAUUCGAGUUAUUCUUAACCGAAUAGCUCAUGCUUGCGAAAUGCAAGCGAAAUAUACAGAAUCUAUCGUCGAGCUCCUUCAGUUGUUGGACAUGGAGCCUGUGGACGAUUACGAAGGACGCGUCUCUAUCAUGGAGCGUAUUGCUACUGAUUACGAGUCUUGUUCUGAUUGGACAUCUGCCGAGCAAAUGCGAGAAAAUAUCGUGGACGUGACAAGAAAAAAGGUUGGAAUUACGCACGACAACUAUUGGUCAACCCUGUGCAAGUUGCUGACGCUGCGUUUGUCUCAAGGGAAGCCGAAGGAGGCAUGGAAUCCCCUUGUUACAUACCUAUCUAGGCUGCUACUACGCGACAUCCAUAACCGAGAGGCAUACCUUCUACUCGUCGACAUCUGUCGAGGCCUGGGUGAGGAAGAAACAACAACUAUGUGGGCCAAGUCAAUUCAAAAGGAAUACAGCUACCUGCAAGUGUCCCUAGUCACUGGGAUAUGCUCCCACGUGCAGCGACUUGGCUCUUCUGCGGUUAAGCCGGUUGUAGUCCCUCUUAUUAUGGGCUACUGCGGUCUGCUAGAAGAAUCGAUUACGACAGUAGUCUCGCCGAAAAUUGAUGAUAGUGCGGUGAGGGCGCUAGUACUUGGGGUAGAAGUCCUCGACCGAGCCUAUGAAGCGUACGGUCAAGACGCGCCAAUUGUGCGUGUCUGGCGCCUAAUACUGGCAGCCAAGUCUGCAAAGCAAAAGCUGGAAAUUGCAACGUCCUGUGAUGUGGCUUCUCGCUAUGCUAGCACCGAGAUUGUUUUGCAAAAUCUCAUCGACCACACUCCUGAAGCCGACACUGUAAUCGCACCGAGAGACUUGCUUUCUAGACUCUCUUCGAUACAAUCUAGACGUUCUCUGCGCGAUGACGAUGUCCGAGCAUGGUCCAGCUUUGAAAAGGCGAGCGACGAAGGAGAUGUGGAGGCGCAGCGUACCUAUCUCCGCGAUCCGGUAUUCAAGAGUCGGGUCGAACGCCUUAUUAAGAGCCAUCAAUCUCAUAACAACACGGAUGCCGCACUUCAGAAACUCCACACCCUCUCAUCCGUCCAACGAUCCGUCCUGGGCAUUGCCAGCGCAGAGACCCUCUUCACCAUUGACCAGACGCUCCAAAUAUGCAAAGAAGAGCGGCGCUUCCAAGAGGCCGAGCAACUCCUUCGCCAGUGCAAAGAAGUUGCUACGAGGGAGGAUGGAGGUGCCUUCUUUGCGAUUGCCGUUCGGGAGGCCAAAGUCCGCCAAUGGGCGGCAGAGGCUUCAUAA